AUGUCCAAAGAAACAAAGAAAGUGUCGCCAAAGGGGCUGGGAGUCAUUGGUGCAGGGCUGGGAAGAACUGGAACUAGCUCUCUCAAGCUUGCAUUGGCCCAAAUUGGAUUUGGAGAAUGUUACCACAUGCAAGAAGUAUUCAAGCAUCCUGCAGAUGCAAAGAUAUUCAACAAGGCCUACAACAAGGAACCCGUAGACUGGCACGCAUUCUUUGAAGGACGUGGAUUCCAUUCAACAGUCGAUUACCCAACUUGCCAAUACUAUGAAGAGUUGAUGGCUUGCUAUCCUGAUGCAAAGGUCUUGUUGUCUGUACGUGACGCUGAGAAAUGGCACGACUCUGUGAUGGCAACGAUCUACCAGGUAGUGCUCGCCAAGCCCCGAGGUUUCGAUGCUGUUCUUCAUCGUUGGUUCUCUCCACCUGGUAUUGCCACUAUGUGGGACAACCCAGGGCUCGAAGAUUUGGGGAACUUUAUGCAAAGUGGAAAAUCUGUGGCGGACAGAGAGAAUGCCGUACGUCUAUUCAAUGAAUGGACUGAACGUGUCAAGAAAACUGUUCCCAAAGACAAGCUACUUGUAUUCGAUGUCAAAGAAGGCAAGCAGUUGACGUCGCAAUAA